AUGACGCUUGGAUUCGUGCUUAUCGUGCUGUCCGGCGCACUCUAUGAGAACUGGCUGACGCUAAUUGUUGUCGCCAUGUUCCUGCUAGCGCCGCUGCCCAAUUCGCUGUGCGGACACACUACCAGCGACGAUUUUAUGAGCGAUGCCCCCGAUCUAUUAGCGGAUUUCGGCCGUUUCCUCACCGGUUUCUUCCUGAUGUCGGGCGUUGCUCUACCCGUAGUGUUUGCCCAUGUUGGGCUGAUCAACACCAAUGCUAUGCUAAUGUCGCUAGCUGGCGGCGGGAUAGUGUAUAUUUCCCUCAUCACAUUUGGCACCUUUUUCUACGAGAGUGACGAAUACUAA